AGACGCUAGCUAGAACCUAAUAAUCAACAUUAUAAAUAUCAAACCAUAGGAGGAUCCUAACGAGUUCAUCAAGUCAACCUCAAAGAAACAAAAAAAAGAAGAAGUGAUCAUGCAAAACAGAGUAUUUUACUACCCCGUUAGUUUCUCACCGCGCCUCCGUUCGAACUGCCGUUUCUCCAUCACGCUAAAGACUUUCCGACGAGAUGUUUACCGUCACACCACCGGUAAAGAACGACUUUUCGGACAAACGCUGCUGGACCCUCCGCUUCCGCUCAAGUUCGAUAUCCCUUCGAAACUUCUAGCAUCCGGCUCCGCGGAGACAUGCCUCCAACACGUGUCUAUUGUUCUGAAGCACGUUGAGACAAGGGUUCUUGAAACUGUGGUUUUGUACGCCAUUCAGCUCUUCGGGGAAAGCCAAGGGAGAACGUUCGAGCUCCAAGCUAAUGCGGAAGAUGUCGAGUUGCACUUGAUGGAAGAGAGUAAAGGCUGGACAACUCGUGUCCCGACCAAGUCGAUUGAUGUUUCGGUCAAGGAAUGUAGUAUCUGCAUUGAGGAUCUAUCUGACGUGGACGAGGAAUCUAUAGUGUUACACGACUGUUCUCAUGUGUUUCAUAAAGUUUGUCUUUUGCAGUGGAUUUGGAGCAAAAGCUCUUGUCCUUUGUGUCGUCAUCCUAUUUACUGUAGAAAACCAAAACCUUAGGUUUUUCUUUUCCUUUUUCUUUCUUU